CUUAAAGCGUGUACUAUGUAAAUAAAAUGAAACGAAAAACAACUGUUUUUAUCAUUCGCACCGUAUAAAAGACACCUCGAGUACAAUCGAAUUUCCUGUUCACCCGACUUUGGUAUUGAAGACUUACUUCUGGUUCAACAAAGUGUUUGAAAAAUAAACAACCGUUAUGCAUUUCAAAAGUGCCGUUAUCCUUUGCAUGUUGUACUUCGUGACCGUGACACAGAGCGCCGGAAUCAAUAAGCGGCAAGCCAAGGAUAUUGUUUCUUUAUUUAAAGAAUACGAAACAUAUAAAAACGAAAUUCCCAAACAAAAUAUCUGGGAUCUUGGACUAAAACUUGGCAUGAAAUCCAUGUCGCAUUUCACAUACAACACAGAUGUAUCCGACGCUCAUAAAGCACAAGAUCUUUUGAUACUUCUGGCCGAUAACGAUAAGAGUUCUGACUGCUGGCAGAAAGAAAAUGUAUCAUCCUUCGAAGUAACAAUUAUUGUGACAGUGUUCAGAAAAUUUGACCAAAAGCGUAACAACGAUGGUCUUAUUGACUACGAAGAAUUAAAAGACCUCAUUGCUAGUUUAAGUCUAGGACAAAAGUUCAAAGAUGAUUUAGCAGGCCAAUUUAGCACAAAUGACAAAACAAUUAACGCCGUGGAGUUGGUGAAAGCCUAUUUGGAAGUAAAACCUCAAGACGGAAGUCUAGACAAGAUACACAUUGACGAACUGGCCAAAUUAAAAGAAAACAAAACAGGCAAUCAAAUUAAUCCUUUAGGAAUAACAGACUUUUUCAUAAAGUUAUCUAUAGUCGGAGAAGACCUCAAGGACCUUUUGAGCUUUACUACAACUCGUGAAGCUGCUUUGGAGUUGCAAGAACUGUUGGUUGUCAUUGCAGAAUACAGUAAAGGAGAAAAAGAUGAAGCUAUACCUGUCAAUAUUGUUAGGCAAAUUGUAUGGCAAUUCGAUCAGAUUGACAAAGACAAAGACGGUUUACUCAAUACAAAUGAACUUAAAAAAAUUAACUCCGGGAAUUUCGAGGACAAAGACCUUGAGAAAUUCUUUAAAGAUCACGACACCAAUAAAGACAGCUAUGUGGACAUAAUAGAGUUCCUCUAUGCGUUAAUAGACGAGGACAAGGGCUUACCCAGCAUCAAUAAGUUUUGAAGUCACUUUACAGAAGAAAUGAUGUAAUAAUAUAGCUGAGCAUAGGCGUACACUAAUGUUUUUAAUAUUAUUUUUUGCCAACGGGUUGGCAUUUGCCCCCCCCCCCCCUAUAUAAAGGUUUAUGUUUUUGCUGAAUUAAAAAUUAUACAGAAUGAUUAACAUACGAAUAUUUUUUGUGGGUGUUUUAACUAUGGGUUAUCAGUUUUAAAUAUGAUGUUUUAUUUUUGUGUUGUAUUAUUAUUUAUUUUAUUACUUACAUAUGUUUGUUUU